AUGCUGGAGAAUGUAUCCGUUGUUGACACAAUGCACUCCGUGUUAUGGCGGAAGGUUUAUGAAAAUGAAAUUAUAGAACACUUCAGAGGAAUAAACUUCGUGGAGAGCUGUUUACAAAUAUUGGUAGAAUUUUGCAACGAAAAAAAGUAUCAAACCUUUCUCCAACCGAACUUACCACUUUCGGUAUUGGAACGUCGGUCCGAGUUUGAAGUGCGAGCCCAUAAAACUGGAGAUGUGCAAUUGUCUCCAGCAGUUGAGACAGUCCUGCCGCCGCCAACUGCGGGCCUUGUGACAGCCUUAGCGGACGUCCUAAAUAAUGUCAGCGCCUUUAAAAGUUGCCCCGUAGAGUCAUGGAACGAUCAGGGCGUAUACAGAGUCCUCUUAAGAUGUGCCUCGUGGCGGUGCGACGAUAAUGCGGAGAGCAACCGAGUGCGUGCGGCGACGUGUCGGGCGCUCGAGGCCGCUGCAACGCGCAAGUGCGUGCGCGCUUCUCUCGCCGCCACUAAGGAUUGCCUCGUCAACUUGCUCCACGUCUUGACGUCAGACGAACAAGUUGACGGUGAUGAAACUUCAGCUCGUGCGCAAACCUUCCAGCUCUUCGCCUGCUUGCUCUCCGAGCGGUCGGCUAUCGACAGCGUUUGGUCUGAGCUACGACGAACGAGCUACGAGAGAUCUGAGCUACGAGAAAGAGAAGCAACCCCGUUCUUCCAUUUGUUGACGCGCUCCCUUGAGAGUGCCGACGAUGAAUUAUCCGACGCCGCUACGCACUGCCUGACGCAGCUUACAAAAUCGGCAUUGAAUAGGAAACACGCCGACAAAUCGAUCGACGUAUCGCUCGCGGACUUCUUCAAUGACCUGAGACUGGAGAAUGAGCAGGCAUUAAAGUCUAAUCGAAGUGGCGCUGGCGACGCGGACAGAGGCGACGGCUGCCAACCGGAGUACGUCUGUGAGGAGCUAUGCAAGCUGCUAAUAUAUCGCGUCCAAGAUAUCUUCGAUAAGAAAAAGUGCUUAGCGAGUCAAGACGAAGCGUGGGCAAGCGUUUGCUCGUGCCUAUCGCAUCUGCUGUCCGUCAGCAGCCGCGGCCGCUUGUACGGUGUGCACCGUCAGCUGCCGAGGCUGUUGCUGGCGGCGGUACAGGCGGUGCGAGACCAGCUCUCCCUGCUGGGGAAGCCGGUCGACGUCAUCAGGAAUGCUAAUCAUGAUCCAGUUUUGCAGACUUUGUACUGGCUGUUGACAAUAAUGAACUGCCUUAUGUUGGAGUGUCCACAUGCCAAGGAUAGUUUCGCGGAUAACAUCACGUGCAGUCUCAAUAAGCUGUGGCCUUGGUGCAUGAUGACGGAACAACUGAGGGGUGCCAUUUUACAUCUCUUGGUCACAUUCACAAACGAAUGCCCCAAAGCGUGGGCGUGUAUGUGCGCGUGCGUGGGCGGGCGGAGCCUGAUGAGUGAGCUUUGCGCGCUUGUGGGAAGAAGUAGCAGCCUGUUGCUGCUUUCUUUGAGGAUAUUGAGACAGUGCGUGUCGCAUCAUCACUGCCGAGCGAUUAUAUUAAAAAGCGAGGUGCUGGCGUGCAUGGGCAAGGCGUGGCGGGGCGCGGGGGGCGCGGCAGGGGCGCAGUGCGCGUGGGCGCGCCUCUGCUCCGCGCUGGCCCGCCACCCGGACGGCGGCGGCGCGCUGCUGGCGCUGCCCGCGCUGCGGCCCGCCCACGCGAGGCUCCUGCCCGCUCUCGCUUAUGCCGCGCACCACCACCGGGCCGCCUUCCUCCACGCGCCCGAUCUGCUGGAGCUGCUAUCGGCAACGCUUUUGACGGGUAACACUGCUGACGUGGUGCUCGCCGCACGCGCUGUAUGGGCCCUGGCCGCCAACAAUCACAGGGCGAAGCUGGUGCUGCGAAGCGCCGGUGUGACGUCAGCGGUGCAGUCUGCCAUGCAGCGGGUGCAGCGCGAUAAAGCUGGCGCCUCAUCUUCACUGCAAGCGCUACAGCUGCUUACUUACACCAACAGCGUGCUGCAGGCCAUG